AUGUCCCCUCCCUUAACCGCGCUAAAGGCCUAUCCCAUUGAAGCUGAGGUAGUAAGCGUGCCGGUCUUAGAUGUUCAAUAUUUUGCUGCUAAAGGAAACAGUCCUACUACUGUUCAUGAGCUUGAAGAUGUUGUUGCUGUUUCGUCUUCCCCCAGAAGGUUAAGUCAAGUUCGCAUCUCGGAUUCUGUCUCCGCCGAGUUAUCUACUGCUCAAUUGGAUAUUACAUCUUCCGGACAAUUUUCAGAUGCAGAAAUUAUUGAAUCUGCCAUCCUGCAGUUUGUUCCUAGCAUCCGUUCUGGUAGCUUUGCUGACAUUGGGCCGCGAAGAUACAUGGAAGAUGAGCACAUACGCAUGGAUGAUCUAUCUGUGCAGCUUGGCUCCGUCUUUAAGUUUCCCAAGCCCAGUGCUUUCUAUGGGGUUUUUGAUGGUCAUGGAGGACCUGAAGCAGCAGCUUAUGUCAGAAAAAAUGCAAUGAGAAUCUUCUUUGAAGAUGUAAAUUUCCCUCAGACAUCUGAGGUUGACAACAUGUUCUUGGAGGAGGUUGAGAACUCCCUUCGGAGAGCAUUUCAUCUGGCUGACUUGGCUUUGGCAGAUGACUGCAGUGUGAGCACUUCUUCUGGGACAACUGCGCUUACUGCUUUUGUAUUUGGAAGGCUAUUAAUGGUUGCUAAUGCUGGUGAUUGCCGAGCAGUUCUCUGUCGUAAAGGAGAGGCAAUAGACAUGUCUCAAGACCAUAGGCCUAUUUAUCCAUCAGAGCGAAGGCGGGUUGAAGAACUGGGUGGGUAUAUUGAUGAUGGAUACCUGAAUGGUGUGCUGUCAGUUUCCCGAGCCCUUGGUGACUGGGACAUGAAACUCCCUCGGGGUUCUCCUUCACCUCUCAUUGCUGAGCCAGAGUUUCGGCAGCUUGUUCUAACAGAGGAUGAUGAAUUUCUCAUCAUUGGUUGUGAUGGGAUUUGGGAUGUUAUGUCAAGUCAGCAUGCGGUCAACCUUGUUCGCCGUGGGCUGCGGCGGCAUGAUGACCCUGAGCAGGGUGCUAGGGACCUUGUCAUGGAGGCCUUGCGCCGUAACACAUUUGACAAUCUUACUGUAAUCAUUGUGUGCUUCUCUUCUAUCGAUUAUCGGGAGCCAUCACCACCCACACCAAGGCAACGGAAACAGAGGUGCUGUAGCCUCUCUGCAGAGGCAUUAUGUAGCUUGAGGAACUUGUUGGAGGGCAGUGCCAAUCGCUGA